AUGCCUGCGAUACGCGGCCACGCAGCACGGGGCGCUAAGAAGCCGCCGGCGGGCUUCGACGACAUCCGGGACGACUUGGAGGUCUUCAGCAUCAAGAUGAAGGAUGCGCAGAACACGCCGACAGCCAACAUCCCCAAGCACCAGGCGCAGUGGCCCAUCUUCCAGAUCGCCCACCAGCGCUCGCGCUACGUCUACGAGUUGUACUACGAGAAGGAGGCCAUCAGCAAGCAGCUGUACGAGUGGCUACUCAAGAACGGCUAUGCCGACGCCAUGCUCAUCGCCAAGUGGAAGAAACAGGGUUACGAGAAGUUGUGUUGCUUGAGAUGCGUACAGACGAAGGAGACCAACUUCAACUCGACAUGUGUUUGCCGAGUGCCGAAAGCGCAGUUGAAAGAUGAUUCGCAAGAUGUGCAGUGCGUCAGCUGUGGGUGUAGAGGCUGUGCUUCAAGCGACUGA